AUGGCUGAUGUUUCCAGCGAAACCGCGCCAGCGCCGGCGCCGACAGCGACGGGGUCUCGGUCUCCAGAGACAAACAUCCCAACCGACACAGCGACAGCACUUGCGACGACAACAUCAGCAGCAGGGCCAGAACCGACAACAGCAGUAGAACCAUUAAAAGGACGCAAAAUAAUCCGGAGGAAGCGGAGGCCUGCUCGUCCACAGGUCGACCCAGCGACGUUCCGCACCGAGCCACCACCACAGACGGGCGUGACCUUCAACAUAUGGUACAACAAGUGGAGUGGUGGCGACCGGGAAAGCGGUGCGGCCAGCUCGACGGCCGCCAAGGGCCGGUGCAACGUGGCCAAGGACUCGGGCUACACCCUCGCCGACAACAUUUCGGUCACCGACAUCUUCAACCCCAACGUCGACUGUUUUGGCCGCGACAAGUUUUCCGACUACCGCGACGACAUGGGCGGCGUCGGCUCCUUUUUGCGGCCUAACCGCACGAUCUACAUUGGCCGCAUCCAUGUGUCCGACGACAUUGAAGAGGUCGUCGCCCGCCAUUUUGCUGAGUGGGGGCAGAUUGAGCGCACGCGCGUCCUCAACACGCGCGGUGUUGCGUUCGUCACCUACACCAACGAGGCAAACGCCCAGUUCGCCAAGGAGGCCAUGGCCCACCAGUCGCUCGACCACGAAGAGAUUCUCAAUGUGCGCUGGGCCACGGUCGACCCCAACCCCAUGGCGCAGGCGCGCGAGGCCCGGCGCGUCGAGGAGCAGGCGGCCGCGGCCAUUCGCGCGAUCCUGCCAGCAGACUACAUUGCCGAGCUCGAGGGCCGGGACCCGGAUGCGUCCAAGCGGCGUCGGAUCGAGGGCGGAUUCGGGUUGCAAGGGUACGAGGCGCCGGACGCGGUGUGGUUCGCACGGGAGCGGGCGGACAGAGAGAGCCGGGACGGUGGGGAGGCCCAUGCGCGUGAUGACCAAGCACAAGGAGAGCAGCCACAAGGACAGCAGCUGGAGGCAGCACCAGAAGAGCCGCCAGCAGCGCGCGGUGUCCUCUCCAGUGCCACAUUAGCGGCUCUGGCACGACAGCGGGAACGCUCGAACGGGCUGGUUAUCAAGACUGCUAAGGAGGCGAAGCCGGCGGCCGCAUUAGUCGACUAUGGCAGUGACAGCGACGAUGACGAGUGA